AUGAUCGAUGAUGAAGCUGUAUGCAAACACGCUUCAAGUCUUAAUAGCGGGCGAAAAUGCACCAUCGAACAUUUUUCGUUUGGUGGUGAUGAGAGUUUCAUGGGAGCCGCUAAUUACCACGCACGUAUACGAUUUGAAGAUGGCUCCCCAUCAUGGUUUUUACGAGUUCCCCGCGUUGCGACCUGCAACACUGUCUCUAUCUCGCUGAUAGAAUAUCUUGUCUGCAGCGAGUAUGCCACGUUGAAGUUUCUCGAGACGACUGCUGUUCCCGCCCCACGUGUUUUUAGUUAUGGGUUGGCAGGCACAAACAGAGACCAUGGAGUCGGCGUUAGCUUCAUCCUUAUGGAGGAGGUAGCUGGAAUAUGUUGGUCUAGUGGCGAGGCAAGCAAGGAAGAGAAGGCAAAAGUUUGGGCUGGUCUUGCGAGAAUUCUUAAAGAGUUGGAGAAGCACCCGUUUGAGAAAGCUGGGUCCCUUUGCUUUCAUUCAUCUCAAUUACAAGUUUCUAAGUGUGCGAGCGAUAGGUUCCUUGUACUUGAUCCGAGGGGCCCGUUUUCAACUUCUACCGAGUAUUAUAGUGCUUUUGCUGAGCAGUAUCUGGAGCUCAUCGCGGACGGCCAACUCUACACCGAGUACCCAAUCAAUGCCUAUUUGGUGUACCGCUUUCUGAAGGACAAUGUUCAUCAGUUCAAGCGCAGUGUUGACAGCGAUGGUGUGGAGAGAUUCUAUCUCAAACAUGUGGAUGAUAAAGGCGAUCACCUAUUCGUUGAUGAUCAGCUAAAUAUCACUGGCAUCAUUGACUGGCAAAUGGCACGUGUGGUGCCACGAGAGGAAGCUUUUGGUCCUUCAUUAGUUACUGCAGAUAUGCAGGCGUUUUGCGGAGGUUCGGUACCACUAAGUCUAGACGACAAGGUCUUGCUUGAUUUGCUUCACAAAGGAGGUAUGACUGGAUCAACUAGCGACAGCGCAGAUGAGAAAACCAGGAGGUUUUUCUGGGGUCUUGCCCUUGAGACUGAAUGGAAAUACGCACUUCCUCUAGCUACCGCGAUAUUGAAGUGUUUCGGGGUCGAAGAGAAGUGGGACGCGUGGAAGGAAAAAGCUCUGAAGGAGUAUGAGACCGAUGACGGACUUAUCAGACUCGUUGGCAGCUAG